UUUGUACUGGCCACAGGAUGCUACUGAGCACACCGUGUGGCAGAGUGAACUAAGGUGUACAAGGAGCAAUCAGCUUGACAUUGGAUAAUGCCCAGGAAGCUUAAAAGAAGUUUAACUCGCUCUGGGGCUAAUGUCGUACUUCCACUAUCAGAGGAAUCGUGCAGCAGUAAACCCACGCUGUGCCAGCCCCUUCCUUUGGGUAGUCAAAUAAGUGAUCAUGCAGAAGAAAACUGCAAGAAAAGCAAUUCUGCCCAGGAAACACCUGCAGAAGGAAAUGUCUCUCCUGCUAAGGACUGCUCAGUAUCACAAAAACAAUUGCAGCAACUUGAGAGACAAUUAAAAUGCUUAGCCUUUCAAAAUCCAGGACCUCAGGUAGCUGACUUCAAUCCUGAAACUAGAGAGCAGAAAAAGAAAGUGUGCAUGUCACAGAUGAAACAAGGUCUUUUUAAUAAGCGCAAAACUACAAAGAAGUAUGACAAACAUGGCAGGCUGCUUUGUAAUAACAUUGAUUUGUGUGAUUGCCUGGAAAAGAACUGCCUGGGUUGCUUCUAUCCCUGCCCCAAAUGCAAUUCAAACAAAUGCGGACCAGAAUGUCGCUGCAACAGGAAAUGGGUUUAUGAUACAAUUGAAACUGAAGCUGGGAAUGUGAUCAGUGUGUUGCCAUUUUCUGUCCCUGACUGAUUUUUUUCUGGUAGUUUUUGCACCUGAGCAAAGUUCUUCUUCACAUUUUAUUAAAGUAAAUCUUGGCUUUA